AGAACUGGUUGAAUGCCAGGCCGUGACUGUCUGUAUCCGUGUAAUAUGCUCCUGUAGUGCUGGAGUAGUGGUACUAGUAGUAGUAGCUGGGAAUUAGGAUGAAGAGAGCCCAGUGUGUUCACUCCUUUAAUUCUCUACUUGGGGAUGAUCAGGAUGAGGAAGAUUGCUUCAUUACUGGCCUGAGCACAGAUGGUGUGAAUAUCUACAUCAUAGACAGGAAUGGGUACGAAGGGGAAAACAACAGAGUGAAGGUCUUCUCAUAUGAAGGGGAGUUUAAAUUUGACUGGCGUUUUGAUGGACCUCAGGAUAUCACUGUGUCUGAGCGCGGAGUUAUAUAUGUCACGUCUGAGGGAGAAAAAUGUGUAAAGUUCUAUAGCAAUUUAGACAGGGAAGAAAACCGGAGCAAUGGAGAGAACAACAAUCUGUUUUUGAAUCAACUGGAAUGUCCAUUUGGCAUAGCACAGGACAAGGAAGGGCAUGUGUUGGUAUGUGACAGCAAGCAAAAAACUGUGUACUCGUUUGAUACAGAGUCGGAGGAACUAGUCAACAUGCUACAAAUCAGUGAGUGGGAAUGUCCACAGUACAUAGCAGUGAACAAGACCAAUGACACCAUUGUGGUGUCUGACUGGGCGGCUGCCUCCGUACACAUUGUGAACUCUUCAGGUGAUAUCUUAGCACAGUAUGGCGACUGCCAAAACAACAACCGCGACCCAAUGAACAUCCCCCAAGGCGUUUGCUGUGAUGAAGAUGGUUUUAUCUAUAUAGCUGAUUGCUGGAACCAUAGAAUAAUCAUGCUUGAUCCAGAUGGCAAAUUUGUGAAUUAUGUUGCCAAGGAAACAGAUGGACUACACUUCCCACAAGCCCUUGCUACCAACUCUGCUGGGGAGCUGCUGGUGGCAGAACGUCAUUCAGGAAUGAUCAAAAGAUUCGAGCUCAUAGAUGUCCCAAUUGAAACCAUUUCUCCAGAGGAAUUACAGCAAUUUUUAAUAGCAGCCUUAAAUUACAAGCCGACUUUAUUAGCCAUCUGCUAUAGAGGACAACAAUAUGCUAUUACCUAUGAUGUCUGACUUAACAAAGAUUUAACACGCUGGAUACCAUAACUGCUCAAUUCUAAGUAUCCAACAUUUUUCAAGAUUGGGAUUAGUAAAAAGACAACAUUAUAACCUGACACAGAAAACAUAGCUAGAAUACACUACUAAUCUAACCCAAAAAGUUGAGUCUGGCUUAUAUAGUCAUCUUGAAUAAAGCUCCGUAACAUGAGCUGUAACCAAUUUAGAUAGAGCUACAACCAGUUUGGUAGAACCCCAUUUUUUCAUGUUUAUUUUGGCAUACAGUUUUGUGCUAUUUACUCUCUUCAUUCAAUAUCAAUAUGAACUAUGCUAAAAAUCCCUUCACUGCCACCUUUGCCCUUCCAUACUGACAAACCAGUCUGUAAUGAGUCAUGAAUUAAACAACUGGAAGUGGUUAACCAUACAGCAAAGGUAAGGCCAAGGUUGUAAAAAUAGUUGGUUCACAGACUGGCAGAGUAUAUUUUAUAUGAUGUCAUGCCAUUCAGAUGUAGGAAAUAAGAUGUGUUAUUUCUAAAAACAAAUAUGAAUGGCAUUUUAUAUAAAAGGAAGAAUACCUAUUUUUUUGUGAAAAGAAGACCACAAAAGACAAUCUUGUAAAUCUCUCAUCUGCACUCAAUAUAUUUUAAUGUCUUUUAUUACUUCAACAUAAAAAAGGUUACAUCUUUUUGCCACUGCACCAUUUGUUUUUGGUUCAUAUUUUUAACCUUUCUUCAGUUUCCCUUCUCCUGUGCUAAGAAAAAGUCUAAUCUUUCAGUGAGCCAAAAUUAAUCCAUGCUUAAGUAACGAACUAGUAACCAGUUUAGAUUAAUUAAGGAAUUGAAAUAAAAGAAUUCCCAGGGAAUAAAAACGAGCAUUUUAUCUUCCAUUACCAGCUACAGACUUAAACACAAACUAUUCUAAAGAAUGGAAUAUAAAAAUAAUCUAAAGUGAUUAAACAUGAUGAUUUUUAGCAAUGAAAUGGGGUCUCAACAGUAUAACUUUACAUUAUGAUACCCUUAAAAAUGGGCAAUCAAUCCGAUUUCUUUGUCAUAAUUGUCAUGCUUUAGAAACAGAAUA